GCGACAUUUCCGGAUAGAACUGGAAAAAAACACAAAACCCCAAGGUACCCGCCAGCGUAGAAGAAGACGCUUUCCUCCGCCACGACUGGCGCUAACCAGAAAUCUGCAGAAAGGAUGUCCUGUAACACCAGUGUUACUCGUGUUCACGUGUCAUCGGUGGGCCAGGCACAGCGAGCUCCGGUCCACCUUAUGCCCUGUGAGAUUGAACACAACGGGCCGGCCCAGGUCUCACAAUACUUCACUGCAACCACAAAAGACCGCAAACAUGAGAAGACAGUGUCAUUCAGAGGACGUGGGCUGAAGGGGCAGGAGCUCAGCUGUCCACAGGGCUACACUGGCCUGGUGCUGAAAGAGAUCAACAAACCCGGCUCUGACCAAGAGGACAGGACAGUGAGGGUAUCCUCUGUGUUUGACAAGCUGACUUACUGGAACCUGGAGACUCCUCCCAAUUCCGAUGACACCAUUGUGAUGGCGAUGGAUUGGCCAGGGAUAGCCGAAGCGAUCCACGGGCCAGUAGAAGACUGAAGAGAGACCAAACUUCCUGCUAAAGAGGGCAGGUUGGUGUCACCGUGUUAGGAAUGAAAUGUAAAGUUUGCUGGUUACUGGCCACAGUCAGUGAUAAGACUUCAGAAAUGCUAAUCAGUUCAGUGUUACUGUUGCAGAGCAAUAAGUAACAGGUGCGAUGUUUAUAUUUUUUAUAUAUGUUCUUUUGUAGUGAAAUAAAGAAAAAUAAAAGA